AUGCCACCGAAAUCUACCAGAUCACAUGAGCGUGGUGGUAGGGAUGGUGAGGAAGCUCCAGUCCAGCCAGUUCCUCUACGAAUACCAGAACCUCUGGUAGAACGUUUGAAGCCAACGAGUUUAGUUGGACUGAUACAAAAUAUUACAGAUGCUGCACAAGGAGAAAAUACUAUUAAAGCAGUUGGAACAAAACAUUCUGUAGAAUGGACAGACAUCGGACAUAUUGAUGGAAUUCAAAUAGACAUGAGUGAAUUGAAUGAUGUCAUUCAUAUCAACAGAAACGUACUGAAUGCUGUCAAUCAGGAAAUGUUAGAUAACAGGAUGAUCUGCUGUUUUGAAGCAGGAGCCACUAUAGCACAUGUUCAAGAAUACCUCUGGCCUCUUGGGUUUAGAACAACAAGGAAUCCCGAGAGGUACAGGGUUCUCCCAAAUCAAACGGGUUGUACUAAUUUAUCUUUGAGUGGCACCGUCGCGACUGGAGCACAUGGGAAUGGUUAAACGAAGCCUAUUAUAGCAGAUAUGGUCCUGUCGUUCCUUUUAUUAACGGUGAACGCGAAUGGUGAUGUUGUACAGAAUCAAAUUGAACCAGCAGAUGGUAUCACCGAUCCACAGGCAUUUGAAGCAAUUUACCCAGACAAAAAUCUUAUUCAGGAUGAUAAUAUUUUCCAUGCAGCACUUGUUAAUAUUGGUGGGAUGGGAACUGUUUAUUCUUACACUUUUCGUACUGUAAACGCGUUCUUUCUUACAGAAAACCGUACAUUUGUCACUUGGGAAGAAGCACAAGAUCAAAUCCUAGCACUGUAUAACCGAAACAUAAUCGAACAAGGACCGGUUGAGGGAAACUUGCACAGUUUUGAAAUAUUUGUAAAUCCGUAUCCCAUGGAACCUCAAGGUCAAGUCGGUGUCGUUAUAUGUACCUUGGAAUAUUCAAAUGGUCCACCAAAAGGCGAAAGACCAGACUGGCAUAUCAUUCCUCAUGAAUGGGUACGAAAUGGUUUUGUUUGGGCUUGCAAUAAAUUUCAAGAAGUUGUCCCUGUUCUCUUGAAUCUUCUAAUGUUGGCUACGACAACAGAUCAGCCUGUGACAAUGAAUGCUGUUGAAGCUUUGGAUCCAUUAUCUGGUUUAGCAGUGUCUGGUGAGGUUACCGUAAGCGAGUGUGCUAUGCAAACACAAAACGCUGAGGAUGUCAUACAAAAGAUACAAGCUUUGAUAGAUCAAUAUCAACAAAUACAAGGAGAAAACGAAAAUCAAUUUGCAACUACUCCUUUUGCUGUGAGGUUCUCUAGCCCGACGAAUGCAUACAUGGCUAUGCAAUACAAUCACCAGUCAAUGAUGAUUAUCAGCAAUAUAUUGGUUGGAACACCAAAUGCAGAUAAUACUCUACAGCAGUUUAGAGAUUUGAUGCGAAUCGAAUUCAGUGGCCGACCUCACUGGGGUAUGGUUCAAAACUUAGACGCAAACGAGGUUGGACAGAUUUAUCCAGCCAAUAACGGUGUUGAUCCUGUUGAUGUAUUUAGAAAUGUAAUGCAGCAACUUGAUCCUGACGGGAUUUUCAGGAAUCAAUUUAUCAACAGAGUUUUUUUCCCAGGGCAGAAUCAAUAGAAUUCUGCAAUCUUGCAGAAGUUUAACAUUUAUUAUUGCGCGGAAUUGUCAUAAAUAUUAUUUUGUUUCUAAUAACACUUAAUCAUUGGACAUAAUAUUCUUAGGACUUUUCAUUCAAAAUACUUUUAACACUCAGAACUACUCUGAUAUAUUUUAUUAGGAUACGCUGUUAUUAAUAUCGUCUAAACAACAAGCGACGAUUUACAUUCUCUUCAUUAUGACUUUGUAUUAUACUAAAUAACCUUUAAUAUUUUACACUUAACUUAUUUAAACGCUUUCAGUUACAG